AGUGAGCGCUCUGUCAUGGCGGCUACUCUGUCAGCUGCUCGGUUCUCAGAAACUGCGUCAGAGUGAAACCUCCAUCCUGUCUCUUCCUCUGUGUCAGCUGCUGCGUCUCCUCCUCCGCUAGCUUAGCCUGCUAGCUCGCAGCAGCAGGGAAGGUAAACAUGGCUAUGUCGCAGGCUCUGUCCGAGGAGGAGUUCCAUCGGAUGCAGGCCCAGCUGUUGGAGCUGCGGACGCAGAACUACCAGCUGUCUGAUGAUCUCAGGAAGAACACGGCAGAGCUGAAUGCCGUCCGUCAGAAGAAUGUGGUUUUGGAAAGAGAUUUUGUCAAAACACAGAAGGCCUUGACUAAGAGUAAGAAAGCUCAGGAGGUGGAUGCUUUGCUGAGUGAGAAUGAGAUGCUUCAGGGGAAACUCCACAGUCAGGAGGAAGAUUUCAGACUACAGAACAGCACACUGAUGGCUGAACUCUCCAAGCUGUGUACACAGAUCGAGCAGCUGGAGCAGGAGAAUCAGUGCCUGAAGAAGGAAGGAGGAGCAGCCUCUGCAUCCAGCCCCCCACCUAACCCUGCAUCCAGCCCCGUGGAUGGAGAACUGCUCCGCCUCCAAGCAGAAAACUCCACCCUCCAGAAGAAAAUGAAGGCCCUGCAGGAGCGCUUCGACAAGGAGCUGCAGAGACAGGCGUCCGUUCAGGGCACCCAGAGUGCGACCACAGAGACUGACGGAUCAGCAGGUACCAAUGGAGUCUCUGAUGUCACAGGGACAGGGGCGGAGUCAUUGCCAGGAGGAUCCAAUGAGAGACUGGAACAGGCGGAGCCUGAGCUGCGGCAGACGGAGAAACAGCUACACGGCCUGUCAGAGAAGAGCGUAGAGAAGAUUGUAGCUAAGCAGGCAGCGCUAGGCUGGUCGGCUGCUCUCUGUCCAAUAACUCACUGCUUUGGACCAGAGCUGGAGAUGGCCCUGAACACCGAGCAGGAGGAGAAGAGGCUGCUGAAGGAGCAGAUCCACACCCUGGAGGCGUCCAAACAGGCUGAAAUCACCAAACUGCAGGAAGAAAUAACAAAGCUGUCUGACAAGCUAAAGAAGAAGCAGGAGAGUUUCCAGCGUCUGCAGACAGAAAAGGAGGCUCUGUACAACGACAGCAGGACAAAGAUCGAUGAGAUCAACCAAAGAAAAGAAGAAGAGCUGAAGGCCAUGAAUAUCCGUGUCCAGAAACUACAGACGGACCUCAUGGCAGCCAAUCAGACGGUGUCAGAGCUGAGAGAGCAGCUACAGAGCAAAGAGAAGGAACAUGAGGUGGCUCUGCACACACUGAAGGACGAGGUAGCCAGUCAGAGUGCAGUCAGUCAGGAACAGGUGGACAACAUCCUGCAGGAGAACGAUGCUCUGAGGACAAACCUAGCUGCUCUAGAACAGGAGAACAGUCCUCUGGGGACUGAUCUGUGCACGCUUGACCAGAUCCAGACGGUGAAGACGCAGGAAAUGAACCUGUUGCGAGAGCAGCAGGAGGCGCUGACGGGCGAACUGCAGCAGAGACGAACUGAACAGGAGAAUCUGCUGGCUCAGAGGGAUGACCUCAACUCCCAGCUGCAGGAGUCGAGUUUUGCCAACAGGAAGUUGUUGGAGCAGUUAACCGAAGAAGGACAAGAGAAGGAUAGACUGCUGAGAGAGCUGGACGAGGCUAAGAAGACAGCAGAGAAGAGGAAGGCCAUGCUGGAUGAGAUGGCCAUGCAGCUGAACCAGGAAAAGUCUGACCACAAGGAGGCGCUGUCAGACCUCAAACUGCAGCACGAGAAAGAGGUUCUUGCAGUGAGGGCUCGAUACGAGAAGGAGCUCAGAGGACUUCAUGAAGACAAGAAUCGCUCUGAGGAAGAAAUCCGACAGCAGCUUAGAGAUGAAAAGGCUCGGACGAAGGAGCUGGAGGGUUUACAGCCCCGAGUGGAGGAGCUGCUGAGUCAGGUCCAGUCCAUGGAGGGAGCCAAAGGAUGGUUCGAGAGACGGCUCAAAGAGGCUGAGGAGAAUAUAGAGAAGAACAAUCUGCAACAUCAGGAGGAAAUUGAGCAGCUGUGGAAAGAACACAAACUUCAGCUGGAGGAGAAGCAGUCAGAGAUGGAGAAACUGAAGCAGCAGCUGGUGGAGGUGGAGAAGCAGAGGGAGGAGCACGGGGACACCAUCGGGAAACUCAAACAGGAGAUAAAGGACACUGUGGACGGUCAGAGGAUUCUUGAGAAGAAGGGAAGCGCAGCGCUGAAGGAUUUGAAGCGGCAGCUGCAGCUGGAGAGGAAGCGAGCAGACAAACUGCAGGAGAGGCUCCAGGAGAUUCUGACCAACAGCAAAACCAGGACAGGUUUGGAGGAGCUAGUUCUGUCAGAGAUCAACAGUCCCAGUCGAACUCAGCAGACCGGAGACUCGUCCUCCGUGUCCUCCUUCUCCUACAAAGACAUGAUGAAGGAGUCUCAGUCGACCAAUCAGAAUAAGUCCGGAGGAGGCAGCCCUCAGUCUCAGCGCCCCGCCGAAUUAUCCGAUGAUGAGGUCGGAGAGCUGUUCCAGCGGCUCGCUGAGGUUCAGCAGGAGAAAUGGAUGCUGGAGGAGAAGGUGAAACAUCUGGAGGUGAGCUGUUCAUCGAUGGCUGAAGACAUCUGCAGAAAGAGCGCCAUCAUAGAGACGUACGUGAUGGACAGCCGCAGAGAUGUGUCGGGGAGCACGGUCGGAGGUCACGGAGGCUCUCAGGGAGACCGGGGAGGUCUGGGUUCGGUCCUAAGAGAGCUGGUGAAACCAGGAGACGAGAAUCUGAGGGAGAUGAACAAGAAGCUGCAGCACAUGUUGGAGGAGCAGCUCACCAAGAACAUGCACCUGCAGAAGGACCUGGAGCUGUUGUCCCAGGAAUUAGUUCGUCUCAGUAAAGAGAGCAGUCCCGGUAGCAGUGCUGCUGGGUCAGGAUGAGGCUAUCACCUGGAUUAAUCCAUGCAGUCACUUCCAUCUCACCACUACCAUUCACCUCAGCUGGAAGGUGUCAGCCAGACUCAGGCUAACACCUGGAACCAAGUUUUCUUCCUUACCCCAUCUCUGCGCUAAGACCUGCUGUAGGCUCUGACUACUGCCUGAAGCUGUUAUGUUUUCACCAUUUCAGCCUGGGUUGCGACUAAAUGCUGAAAUAAUGUCCAUGUCAUGCUUUUCAGCCUGGAGGAAGCAGUACUUUUUAAAGGCGUAGAAGAAGACACUGAAUGGAAACACUGAGGAUAUUAAAAGCUGGCCUCAACUCAUGUACGUCUAUGUUGAAUGUACUGUCAUUAGAGCGCACUGCUCAGUUUGCUCUGAGUCCUGGCUACGACCUGCAGUGGUCACAUUAUAACAGACUCGUGCUUUCUGUUGUCUGUAAAUCUUUGCUUUCACUGGUUUCUACUUUAUGUCUUAACACUCUGUCUGUCUGUCAGGGCCUGGCUAUAUCCUGAAGGACGCUUAUCCUAAACGACUGACAUUGGUUCCUGUAUGCAGUAACUCUGUUGUGAUCUGAUUAUGUCCCGUCUGCUAACGAAUCGCACAUUACUGAGUAUGUGGGCUAUGUCUAUGCUGUCAGCUGACCUUUUUGAUCUUCUUAGGGAACCAAAUGUACGAUUUUUAUGAGGUCCUCAUGACACCUGAGUAGCCGCCCCCCCCCCCC